UAACAAGUACUUAUAAUCCCUUAAUGAUUUUCAGAUUCAUUUUUAACUUUUUCAUCAAUAAGUACUUAUUAAUUAAGACCCUUAAUUAAACUAGCUAAAAAUCUCUCUUUUGUCAGCUCUGCUUUUCAGACAUUCUCAGUUCUACCCACAAUAUUCUCUCUUUCUCUCUCUCUCUCUCUCCCACUCUCUUCAAUUCAAUCAUGGAGGAAUGAAUUCAUACUGCAUUUUCUCAUCAAUGAUUUGCUUUCAUCUUCUUCUCAUCACCACCACCUAUCUUUGAGGCUUGUCAGUGGAACUUUUUUUGGAAGCAUUGGGGUGAGAACCACAUAGAGGGAUAGUGUUAUCUCAUCCUACCUCAGCCAUGGUUCUUGGGUUAAGGACAAAACACAAGAAAGGCUCUUCAAUUCAAGUUGGUUACCAAAUUCAUAUCCAAGAAAUUAAACCUUGGCCUCCGUCGCAGUCUUUGAAAUCGGUUCGUUCUGUUAUACUUCAAUGUGAAAAUGGUGAUCGGAAUUCGGGUUCAAUUAACCCAGUCGUCCCUUUGGUUGGGUCUGGUGUUGGUGAUGGAAAAAUUGAAUUCAACGAGUCUUUUAGGCUUACUGUAAUGCUGUCUAGAGAUGCAUCGGUUAAAGGUAGAAAUGCUGAGAUUUAUAUGAAGAAUUGCAUAGAGUUUAAUCUAUACGAGCCUAGGAGGGAUAAGACGGUGAAAGGUCAGCUUCUUGGAACAGUCGUUAUAGAUUUGGCGGAGUACGGGCCUAUCAGUGAAACCAUAAUUGUAACUGCUCCAAUGAACUGCAAGAGAAGCUUUAAGAAUACUGCUCAACCUGUUUUGUCUAUUAAGAUUCAGCCGUUUGAGAAGCAUAUUUCCAGCUCUUCUUCACGGGAGAGCUUGUUUAGAGAAGUGUCCCUGGACACGGAUGCCAAAGGAUCUGUUUCCGCAUUGAUGAACGGAGAGUAUGCAGAAGAAGCUGAGAUUGCUUCGUUUAGUGAUGAUGAUGUUUCAUCACAAUCUUCUAUUACUAACUCCUCAUCAGCUUUUGAAGCUACCGGGAGUUCAUCGCCCCAAAAUGAAGAGAAUGCAGUAGAAUCUGUCAAGGAUGGCAAAGGAACAAGUACCCACAAUCCCAGCUUAUCUCUGGAACAGGUGGCACUGAAGUCAGGGGACGAACCUGUAAUUGCAGCAGGCAAACAUUUCAAUGGGAGUUCAUCUCCUUUGCCAUCAAUAGAGUUAUCUUCUGAAGUAGGGAGUCCAGAGAAUGACCAGGCAUCAAUGUAUAAGUUCCACAACAGAAACUCAACAUCAAUCAUAAGAAAAAAAUGUUAACCACAGUGAUCAAUCUUCUUC